AUGUUGGCGUAUUUCAUGCUACCGACAACAGUUGCGCUCUCUUUGAGUUCAAAGACUGAUAAGCUGGCUUUGCUUGCAUUGAAGGAAAAGCUUACAAAUGGUGUACCAGAUUCUUUGCCAUCAUGGAAUAAGUCUCUACAUUUUUGUGAAUGGCAAGGGAUUACAUGUGGUCGUCAUCACACGAGAGUCUCUGCCUUGCGUUUGGAAAAUCAAACAUUGGGUGGCACUCUUGGACCAUCAUUGGGAAAUCUAACCUUUCUUACAAUUCUAAAACUUAGAAAGGUCAACUUGUAUGGUGGAAUUCCAAAACAAGUUGGUUGUUUGAAGCGAUUGCAAGUUCUUUACUUAGACCAAAACCAUCUUCAAGGAGAGAUUCCCAUAGAGCUCUCUAAUUGCUCAAAUAUCAAGGUAAUUAAUUUUGCACUCAAUGGACUGAUCACCGGAAGAGUUCCCACAUGGUUUGGAUCAAUGAUGCAACUUACUAAAUUGUAUUUAGGUGCCAAUGAUCUGGUUGGUACUAUUCCAUCUUCCCUAGCAAAUUUUUCAUCACUCCAAUUGCUAGCACUUCCAGAAAAUCACUUUGAAGGAAGCAUACCUUAUUCUUUGGGUAGGUUGUCAAGUUUGACAUAUCUGUCUCUGAGUUCAAAUAAUUUGUCAGGUGAAAUCCCUCAUUCUCUUUACAACCUAUCAAAUAUUCAAAUUUUUGAUCUUGCGGGAAACAAGUUAUUUGGUGGUCUUCCUACAAAUUUAAAUCUUGCAUUUCCCAAUCUUGAAGUAUUUUAUGUAGGAGGUAACCAAAUAAGUGGAAUUUUUCCAUCUUCAAUAUCCAACCUUACUGGAUUGCGAAACUUUGAUAUAUCAGAAAAUAAUUUUAAUGCGCCAAUACCUCUUACUUUGGGUCGAUUAAAUAAACUUGAGUGGUUUGGAAUUGGAGAAAAUAAUUUUGGAAGUGAAGGAGCUCAUGAUUUGGAUUUUCUUUCAUCGUUAUAG